ACCGAUAUAUCCACAUCCACGAUGCUGCAGCACACGAUGACGAAGCGCAAGACGCUGAUCAUCGCCUGCUUCGGGAUCGCCCUGGGCCUCUGCAUCGGCACGGUGCUGAAGAACUACCGGGCUUUGGAGAUCGUGAAGCGAUGCAGCCUGAGGCCGACGAACCUCAAGUCGCCGGCGGAGAUCAUCGGGCUGCGGGAGGAGGACAGCAUCCAGAACUCGCAGCGGAAUCUCGUCUUCGUGGGCGUGAUGACCGCGAAGAGCUUCCUGGAGGGCAGGGCGCGGGCGGUGUACGAUACGUGGGGCAAGGAGGUGCCCGGCCGGAUGGCCUUCUUCAGCUCCGAGGGCAGCUACUCGGAGGAUCUGCCAGUGGUCGGACUGAAGAACGUCGACGAUCGCUAUCCGCCGCAGAAGAAGUCCUUCAUGAUGCUGUACUACAUGUACGAGCACUACAUCGACCGCUUCGAGUGGUUCAUCCGCGCCGACGACGACGUCUACAUGGAGCCGGACAAGCUGGAGCGCUUCCUGCGCUCCAUCGACAGCUCCAAGCCGCAGUUCAUCGGCCAGGCGGGCAAGGGCAACAGCGAGGAGUUCGGCCUGCUGUCCCUCGAGUUCGACGAGAACUUCUGCAUGGGCGGACCCGGGGUGAUCUUGAGCAGCGAGACCCUGCGCCGCGUGGCGCCCCACAUUCCCAGCUGCCUGAAGAACCUCUACAGCACCCACGAGGACGUCGAGGUGGGCCGCUGUGUCCAGAAGUUCGCCGGCAUUCCCUGCACCUGGAACUAUGAGAUGCAGUACAUCCUGCGACACAAUUCGAGUGGCCGAAAUGCGUACACUGGAAAACUGAAGCGCAAGGAGAUCCACAACGCCAUCACCCUGCAUCCCAUUAAACAGGCGCCGCUCAUGUACCGCCUGCACUCCUACGUCCAGGGUCUGAAGGCCGAGGAGAUGCGCCAGGAGUCGCUGCUCCUGCAUCGGGACAUCAAGCGGAUGGCCAAGUACCUGGAGGUUCCCGACGAGAGCACCUACAUGCUGCCCAGCGUCUCCCCGGAAAGCGAUUCGGGCAAGAGGCACUUCCAGGACCACAACAUUUUGGGAAUCAGUCCGGAACUAAAUAAAUUCGUGCCCGGCAGCACCGACGACCUCCUGGAGUGGUCCUUCAUCGCGCGCAGCCUGUACUCGGCCACCUCGGCCAAUCCCAAGCAGAAGAUCGACUCGGCGAUGCGCGAGGGCCUCGAGGACGUCAUCACCGAGGUGAUGGAGAACAUCAACAACUACUCCCGGCAGCGGGGUCGCGUGAUCGAGUUCCGGGAGCUGCUCUACGGCUACCAUCGGCUGGACGCCCUGCACGGCCAGGAUCUGAUCCUGGACCUGCUGCUCAUCUACAAGAAGUACCGCGGCAAGAAGAUGACGGUCCCGGUGCGCAGGCAUCUCUAUGUCCAGCGGGCCUUCACGGGAAUCUUUGUCAAGGAGUUCGACGAGGACUUUUACAACGUCACCCUGCAGCAGAGUCUCCUGGGCAGCCUCUUCCAGAACGGCAUGGCCCGCCUGAGCAGCCACUUCACGAUGCCCAGCGGCCUGCUGGCGCCGACGCAGGACAAGAUCGUCUUCGUCCUGCCGAUCGCCGGUCGCCUGGGGACCUUCGAGCGCUUCCUGCGCACCUACGAGCGCGUCUGCGUGCGCGGCGAGCAGCACUGCGACCUCCUGGUGGUGAUCUUCGGCCCGCCGGAGCAGCUGGGCGAGCACCUGCAGCUGCUGCACGAUCUGCAUGCCCGGCAUGUCUACCAGCAGGUCAACUGGAUCCAAAGGAGCAGCGCCUUCUCGCGCGGCGUGGCCCUGGAUGUGGCGGCCAGAUCCUCGUACAUCCGGCAGGAGGACAUCAUCCUGUUCAUCGACGUGGACAUGGUCUUCGAGGUGGAGACGCUGCAGCGGGUGAGGAUGCACACGCAGCGCGGCAAGCAGGUGUAUCUGCCGAUUGUCUUUAGCCAGUACGAUCCUCAGAGGAGAUCCUCCAACGGGAAGGAGGAGGAGCAGGCGGAGGAAUCCCCGAGAAUCGACGAUGAGAGCGGCUACUUCCGGCAGUUUGGCUUCGGGAUCUGCGCCAUCUACAAGUCGGACAUCCUCGACGAGGACAUCAAUGGCUUCGACAAGGACAUCACCGGCUGGGGCCUGGAGGAUGUCAAGUUUCUGGAGAAGAUCGUGCGCGUGGGCACCCGGCAGCGUGGCUUCCUGGCCAACACAGCCGAGCUGGCCAUGGAUUACAACGAGGCCGCCGAGCAGUGGCGCCGGCUGAGCGUCUUCCGGGCUCCGGAUCCCACGCUCGUCCACAUCUACCACGAGAUCAGCUGCGACACCCGGCUGGAUGCCCCGCAGUACAACAUGUGCCUGGGCACCAAGGCCAACUCGCUGGGCAGCACGCGGCUGAUGGAGCAGCUCUUUCACGGCAGUCCGCCGAAUGUCCAGUUUGCCGCCGACUUCAAUCGCCAGAAGCAGCAGCAACAGCAGCAGGCCAGGUGAUGAUGGAUUUAAAUCCAGAGAUCCAGAUCCAGAUCCCUUCCAGUGAUCCCCGCCAGCGAUCCUGCCACAUAGUAUUAUGCUAAAUGUUUCCUAAAUUAAUGAGCCAGCCGAAAUGCCAAAUCAAUUCGUUAGUCCCUAGACCUAAGCUAGAAAAACUAAUGAUCCAUACUUUCAUAUUCAGUGAUGGGAUAGG